AUAUAGAAAUUGUUAUAUAUUCUAUACAGAAUUCCAAGUGCUGCGAUCAGCAAAACUGUCGAGUAGAGAGUUCUAGUUGUACUAAUACAGUACAUAGAAAAUUUUAUAGGUUAAGAUUGAAAAUGAGUGGCCGCGGUGGAAAUAAUUAUAGACCUUGGAGAGGAAGAGGGAACAGAGGUUCCAGAGGUUUCAGAGGUUCCCGUAGACCCUACAGCUACGGCCCUCCUGGUGGAAGACAUAGUUAUAACGAUAAUAAAAGUGAAUGGAGAAAAGAAGAAAAGCCGACAGGCGCCAGAGGCUUAACGGAAAAAGAGAUCGGUGUCACAGAAUAUGUCAGCGAACAUGAUGGUUUUAACGGUAUUAUUAAGUCAAGAUUUUCAGACUUCCAAGUAUCAGAAGUGAAUGAAAACGGUGAGAUAGCGAAGCUAACAGAUCUCUCGCCACCAGAGCCUCCCGAGGAUGAAACAGUUCUUGAAGAUGAAGAUCUACUGCUGAAUAAGUAUAACCUGGAAAUACUGCCGAUGGAAACAUGGGAUAGGAUAAACAAGCUAGCGAUGAGUACUGGUCCCGAUUAUGAUACUGUUGAGGUAGAUGUCACAGGAAUGUCAAAAGAAGAGAGAACAAAGAUACAUGAUGCUGUAAAGAAGGCAUUCGGAGAAGGGAUCGUUGGCAGCACUGUCACUAGAGACGAGAAGAAAUAUUGUACCUUUGUUAAAUAUAGGAAAGGAGUUCGCGUAGAUAACAGAGUGAAGUGGGUAUGGCCGGGCGAAUAUGUGCGCUUUAUCGUGUAUAAAGAGAACUGCGAUACUAUGGAAGCUGCGUCUCGGAUUAUUAAACAGCUGAGAAUGAAUGCAAGUCUGAAACCCUCGAUGGUGGGUUACGCAGGCACAAAGGACCGCAGGGCCAAAACAUCACAAUGGUUCAGUUUACGUAAAGUGGACCCACGGAAGAUAGCCGCAGCAUGCAAGGGGUUACCCGAUAUUAAAGUGGGCAAUUACACUUUUAGUAAUGCUCAUUUGAAACUCGGAAUGUUGCAGGGGAAUAGGUUCCGUAUAUGUCUGCGCAAUGUGACAGAAUCAGACGAGACGAUAGACACAGCGUGCAAGCAGCUACAAGACAACGGCUUCAUCAACUACUACGGGCUGCAACGGUUUGGUUCUAGAUCUAGUGUUCCUACACAUGUGGUCGGCUUGCAUUUACUGAGAGGGAAUUUCGAAGAGGCCAUCCGCAGCAUCCUGGAGGAGCGCGCGGGGCCGCUGGCGGGCGCGCUGCGCGCGUUCCACAGCAGCGGGGCGGAGGCCGCCGCCGCGCUGCUGCCGCGCCGCGCGCCGCACUGCGCCGCGGAGGCGCGCCUCCUGCACGCGCUCGCGCAGCGCCCCGCACGCACCGCGCAGGCGCUCGCCGCGGUGCCCCGAAACACACGUCUGCUAUACUUACACUCGUAUCAAUCUCUCAUUUGGAACAAAGUUGUAUCCGAGAGGUUAAAGCGCUUCUCAUACAAGCCGGCGGUCGGAGAUUUGGUGCCGCUCGAGGAAAUUGAAGAAGAUACAGUAGAAGAAGAUGACUCUAGCACAUUAGACGACAUAGAGCAAGAGGAACUAGAGAAAGCAGAGAAGAAAGAAGAAAGAAAUGUUCCCAAAAAGAUCCCUCGAGUCAGAAUAUUAACUCAAGAAGAUGUAGAUAGCGGGAAAUAUACCAUUUUCGAUAUUGUUCUACCCCUGCCCGGACAUAGUGUGGAAUAUCCACCUAAUGUAAAGGAGUAUUAUGAAGAAUUGCUCACUAAAGAUGGUCUGACGUUGAAAAUGAAACAUAAGAUUAAGGAGUAUUCGCUAUGUGGCGGCUACAGACACGCGCUAGUUCGUGCUCGGUCGGUGAGCUGGCGGUCGGUCAGAUAUGACGAUCCGUUCGCUGAUCUGUUUUUGUCCGAUGCUGAUGAAAUUGCGGGGAAAAAGGACACUGGAGAGGUGAAAGAUGGGAAAUACAAGGCGCUUCUCAUAAAUAUGAUAUUACCGACCAGUGUCUACGCUACUAUGGCAUUACGAGAACUACUCCGAGUCGAUACCUCUUCCGACACACAAGCACAACAGAACAACUAUCAUAAGAAACAUGUCAACGAAGACAAUAUCAAACAAGAAAAUGUCAACGAAGCAAAUGUCAAACAGGAAAAUGUCAGCGAAGAAAAUUCCAAACCAGAAAAUAUCAAACAAGAAAAUUCCAAACCAGAAAAUGUCAAACAAGAAAAUUCCAAACCAGAAAAUGUCAAACAGGAAAAUAAUGUCCAGAAAGGAAAUGAGGAUGUUGCGGAAAAGAGAAAGGGUGAUGAUGAUAGUGAGAAUGGUGAUUGCAAGAAAGCUAAGAUGAAUGAUGAAUAAAAUAUUAA